AUGCGGCUCACGGCGGAGCUCAUCAAGGACUCUCUCUCCUACCUGAACCCGCUCAAGGAGCGCGAGCUCGAUCUCCGAGCGAGGCCCCUUCGCCGGGCGCGUGCGAGACAGGACACCGAAUCCCCGCCAUUGAGAACCUGGGCGCUGCCGGCACAGCCCCACGACUCGAUCGACCUCACCGACAACGACAUCCAGACCCUCGGCAACUUCCCCCUGUCGCCGCGCAUCACCACCCUGCUGCUCGCCCGCAACCGCGUCGCCUCCAUACAGCCCGCCCUGCCCACCGCCAUCCCGAACCUGCGCCACCUUGUGCUCGCCUCAAACCAGAUCGCCGAGCUCGCCGACCUCGACGUCCUCGCCAAGUUUGCCCGCCUAACCCACCUCGUGCUGAUCGAGAACCCCGUCACCAGGAAGGAGAACUACCGCUACUGGGUGCUCUGGCGGUGUCCCGGCGUCCGCUUCCUCGACUACGUCAAGGUCAAGGACGCCGAGCGCCAGCAGGCCGUUGCCCUGUUCGGCACGGCCGACGAGCCGACGGCGCUCGCCUCCAAGAUCAUGGGCGUCAAGUCCAAGACGUUCGACACGGGCGCCGCGGGCGGCAUCGCUGCUGCCGGCGACCAGGCGCAGGGCUCGCGCCUGUCGCGCAUCAAGCUCACCGACAAGGAGAAGAAGCGUCUGCAGGAGAUGAUCAAGCGUGCCGACAGCCUGCAGGAGAUCAUUCGGCUCGAGAAGAUGCUCAACGAGGGGACAUUACCCCCUGGCGUGCACCUCGAUGCUGAUGUCAUGGAGGAAUAA